CGUACACCACGACGUGCGUGUCGCUCCCGACGCCCAAACUUCCGACAUAGUCAGCGAACACCUUCUCUGACGGCAGCAUGCGGUCCAGAGGAGAGGUUUUAUCGCAGCACUGGUCUAUGUCAAAGAAGGCUGCGCCCGGUAGGAACUUUCGCGCGUCUUCGACAGUUUCCAGCCGGUUGUUUUCUGUUUGUGCACUCACGAGGCUCUCAGCGGAUGUUGACGGACUCACAUGUGAACUUUCUCGGCUAUCUUAAACCAGAAUGUCGGCGUCGUUGAUCAGAAGAGGGUUGGAGCUACUGAGCGAUGAUAUUAAAGAUGUUAGUAAAGCAAAGAAGAAGAAGCAACGGACUCCCAGCUCUGCCACCGUGAUGGAGCUGGUGAGCACCAAGCGGCAGGGAGUCACCAAGCAGGUCAAACGGCUGCAGGGUCGCCUGGGUCCCGGCAGGAGCAAAGCUACUGUUAAAGAUAAGAUGAUCAAGUCUGCAGUGGAGGAAUACAGAAAGAAGCAAGGGGAAAGUCAUCUUAGUGCUAAUCUCAAAUACUUUAUGGACACUAGCUGCAAAGCAACAGAUGCUGAAACUUACAAGAUCCUAAAUCAUAAUUUAGGGAGACAAUCCAGAAAUCGCCCUGCUAAACCUCCUAAAAAGGCCCAGCAAUCUCGCUCAUUGUUUUCAGAAGAGGAGUUCCAGCAGUUCCAGAAGGAAUACUUUGGCAGGACUGUUGAGAAGAAAUAAAACGCAUACAAAUACAAAGACAUUGCAGCAUCAGACGAUACAGCUGGAUUUGUGGCUCAGACAAUAACAGAACCGUGUGUGAGGGAAACAUCACCCCACCAUCUUAAAUCAUCUGACGCGAAGGAUGAAUCCAAAUACAGGGAAUUUUAGAUUAAGACCCCAUAUUAAUUAUUGUCAUUAUCAUCAAAUUAUGUUUUAUGGUUUCUGUCAAAAAAUUACUCAAACUCAGAUAUUCUUAUCACACAAUAAAUCCAAUUUCAUCCGAUGAUGUAAUUGACCUUUUGUUUGAGCAUAAAUUUAACAAACCAAAUAAAUGUAUGAUUUUAAUGCAUUAGAUUCUUGGCAGGUUCACUGAUAAUUAGAUGGUUAUGAUAGACCAAUAAAGUCCUAUUGUUAAGUGUCCAGUCUUUGUUAUGGUGCAUCUUAGCAAUGUGAAACAGAAUAUUUGCUUUGUCUUUUUAUGUUUUUCUUAAACAGAUGUCUGUAAACAAUAAAAACGAUGUUUCACUCUAAA